UCUCACAGUGUCACACAGAUAGGUCACUCCGAUUCCUCUUUCCUCCCCCUCGUUGCACCUCCGCAACAAUCGCGCCGUCUGCGGACUUCGACACAAACUGCGCCGCCACGGCGGCGGCGGAUACUUCAUGCGUACAUCGCUCGGGGUGGUGGUGACGCUCCGCCGCCUCCGCGACCACCUCGCGCCCGACCUCCGCCGGUCACCGCCCUUCCCCCUCUUCCCUUUCUCCUCCUUGUCCGGCUCCAUUGGCGUGCCUCCUGCUUCUUGCCUCCCGUCCCUCGUUCCGCACUCCAGCUCUCGUGGAGAAGAGAAAUCGACACAGACAAGGGAUCACGCUCUCGGUUUCUUCUUUGCUUCCCCGCGGUCUGGUGCCGCCAUCUUUAGGCCUUUUCUUGUGAAGUAUUGUUCCCGGGAGUACUCAUCCUCUGCGAAGCUUCCUGGAAGUGGAACUUCUGCUACUUUGACAUCUCAAGUUCGCAAUUAUUCUCUCAGGGUUGCAAAGGCUAAAACUAUAGCUUUUGAUGAUGGACUCAGUCAAAGAGCAGUUACCACAGCGUUGUGGUGUAACUUUCUUGUCUUCUCUCUCAAAUUUGGAGUGUGGCUUACAACUUCUAGCCAUGUUAUGUUAGCUGAAGUUGUGCACUCAGCUGCAGACUUUGCUAACCAGGCCCUUCUUGCAUAUGGUUUGAACAGCUCAAGACGUGCUCCUGAUGCUAUUCACCCUUAUGGCUAUUCAAAGGAAAGAUUUGUCUGGUCUUUAAUAUCUGCUGUUGGUAUAUUUUGCUUGGGUUCGGGUGCCACAGUUGUGCAUGGGAUUCAGAACCUGUGGAAAGCUCAUCCUCCUGAAAAUAUGCAUUAUGCUGCCUUAGUGAUUGGUGGAUCCUUUCUCAUUGAAGGUGCAUCACUUCUUGUUGCUAUUAAUGCUGUGAAGAAAGGUGCAGCUUCAGAAGGAAUGAAAGUGUGGGACUAUAUUUGGCAAGGCCAUGAUCCAACAUCUGUUGCUGUUAUGACAGAGGAUGGUGCUGCAGUUACUGGCCUUGCAAUUGCUGCAGCAUCACUGGUUUCUGUUAAUAUGACAGGAAAUCCAAUAUAUGACCCUAUUGGUUCCAUCAUAGUUGGAAAUCUGCUUGGGAUGGUUGCGAUAUUUCUAAUUCAGAGGAACAGGCAUGCAUUAAUUGGUAGAGCAAUUGAUGAUCACGACAUGGAAAAAGUACUUCGGUUUCUUAAAUCUGACCCAGUUGUAGAUGCUCUAUAUGAUUGCAAGAGUGAGGUGAUUGGCCCUGGGUUUUUUAGAUUCAAAGCAGAAAUAGAUUUCAAUGGGGUUGUGGUGGUCCAAAAUUAUUUAGAAAGAACAGGACGCGACGAGUGGGCAAAACAGUUUCGGGAGGCCGCGAAGUCUGAAGAUGACAAUGCACUUCUUAAUGUUAUGGCUACUUAUGGUGAGGAUGUCGUCGAAGCGCUAGGCAGCGAGGUUGAUAGGCUUGAAUCAGAAAUUCAGAAGAUUGUUCCUGGUAUUAGACACGUUGAUAUAGAGGCACAUAACCCUGAAGCAGUUCUCUCGGUGCUGCCUAAAGCUUGACCUCCAUCAGCUUGCGCCAUUUCUCUUCUAUUUCAUCAACAAAUCUAACUCAUUUAUGCGAGAAUUUGAAACUUUAUUUCUUUAGAGGUCAUGUUUUGGCGAUUAGCUGUGUAUAUCUCAUAAAAUUUUCCCUUAUCUUAAUAUUGAUUAAUCAUUCCACCUUUCUUUAGAGGUCAUGUCUAAGCUACUAAAACCUCUUAACAUGGUUGAACAAUAUCAUGUAAUAUGAGAUGAGAAUGAUUCUUGAAUCUUGAUCGACCUUAACAUUAAGUAAAUGUGUAGUAUUUGCAUUAAAUACAAGGUGAUUUCACAUA